GUCAGCCACGCGAGGCCAUGCCAGUCGACCGCAGGUGGAGAGAGCGCUGACGCGUCGAUCGAGGCGCGUCAGCCGGGCACAGGCAGAGGCGCUGCUUCGCCCCGUCGUACAGCGAUCGCUGACAUACGUCACAUCCAGACGCGUCCCGUCACACCCUCGCGCGACGCGUUCAUCACCGGCGAUCAGCAGCCUGCACCUUCCUCUAGCCCAGCACUGUCUCGCCUCCAAGAUGCCCACCCGCGGCGCGUUCAUCGUGAUCGAGGGCCUUGACCGCUCGGGGAAGUCGACGCAGGCGGCAAAACUGAAGGAGAAAUUAGCAGCUGAUGGAGUGAAGGUGGAGUUGAUGAAGUUUCCGGACCGCACUACCGCCAUCGGGAAGAUGAUCGACGCGUACCUGCGCACCAACAUCGAGAUGGACGACCAUGUCGUGCACCUACUGUACUCGGCGAAUCGAUGGGAGCUCGCCUCCCGCAUAUCCACUCUCCUCUCCGAAGGGACGACAAUCAUCUGCGACCGCUACGCAUUCUCCGGCAUUGCGUUCUCGGCGUCCAAAGUUGCUUCAACGUCCGCUGCCCCAACUUCCGCAUCUUCAAUCUCUGCCUCAACCUCUUCAUCAAGCCCCGCCGCACUACCCUCGACCUCAACCUCUCAAUCGUCAGCUUUAGCCCCCACGUCCUCAACUCCAGCUUCUGCAACAUCAAUCGCCCAAACCCCCCUCCUCCCCUACGCCUGGUGCCGCGCGCCCGACAUUGGCCUCCCCGCCCCCGACGUCACGCUCUUCUUCGACAUCGCGCCCGAGGCGGCGCGCGCAAGGGGUGGGUACGGCGAGGAAAGGUACGAGAGGGAGGAUGUGCAGAGGCGGGUGAUGGAGGUCUACGCCCGCCUCGGCGCCGAGAUGGAGGCCGCGCGCCCGGGGUCGUGGGUGCGCGUCGACGCGGCGCGCGCAUGGGAGGAAGUCGACGCGGCGCGCGCGAUAGAGGAGGUCGCAGACGCGGUUUGGGCGGUGGUCGGGCCGCUGGUGAAGGGUGGUGGCAUAGAGGGCGAGGUGGUGCGGUUGUGGGAGGGGGCGUUGGCGUGAUGGGAGGGGGCGGGGUGUGAUGGGAAGAGGAG